GGAGCCGUACACCAUGGCGGCCACGGCCGCCUCCCCGGCGCUGAAGCGGCUGGAUCUGCGCGACCCCGCGGCGCUUUUCGAGACGCACGGGGCGGAAGAGAUCCGCGGGCUGGAGCGCCAGGUCCGGGCUGAGAUCGAGCACAAGAAAGAGGAGCUGCGGCAGAUGGUGGGCGAGCGGUACCGCGACCUGAUCGAGGCGGCCGACACCAUCGGCCAGAUGCGACGCCGCGCCGAGGGGCUGGUGGACGCGGUGCGGGCCUCCGACCAGCACUGCGCGCGCCUCCGCCUCCGCCAGGCCGGCCCGGCCGCGCCGCGGCCUCCGCAGCCCAAGCUGCCAUCCCAGGAGCAGUUCUACAGCAUGGCUGCUCAAAUCAAGCUGCUCUUAGAGAUCCCUGAGAAGAUCUGGAGUGCCAUGGAAGCCUCUCAGUACCUUCACGCCACAGGGCUCUACCUGCUCUGCUGCCACCUUCACUGCCUGCUGCAGCUGGACUCUAGUUCCCGACACAGUCCCAUCCUCUCCCGGUUUCCUAUACUCGUCCGGCAGGUGGCAGCAGCCAGCCACUUCCGGUCAACCAUUUUGCAUGAAAGCAAGAUGCUGCUCAAGUGCCAAGCCGUAUCUGACCAAGCUGUGGCUGAGGCCCUCUGCUCUAUAAUUCUCUUAGAGGAGAGUUCUCCCCGGCAAGCCCUCACCGACUUCCUGUUGGCUAGAAAGGCAACUAUUCAGAAACUUCUCAAACAGCCACGCCACGGUGCUGGCAUCAAAGCCCAGAUUUGCUCAUUAGUGGAGUUACUGGCCACCACUCUGAACCAGGCUCAUGCCCUUUUCUACACCACAUCUGAAGGUCAGUUGCCAGAUCCGUCCCUGCCCUGUGGCUUGCUAUUUUCUACUCUGGAGACCAUCACAGGCCAGCAUCCUCCUGGAAAGGGCUUCAGCGUGCUAAAAGAGGACGUGAAGCUCUGCAGCUGGUCCCGGCACCUGCCAGCGUCCAUCGCUGAGUUCCAGCCUACCCUCCGAACCCUUGCACAUCCCAUCAGCCAGGAAUACCUGAGAGACACGCUACAGAAAUGGAUCCACAUGUGUAACGAAGACAUUAAGACUGGGAUCACCAACCUGCUCUCAUACGUGAAGACCAUGAAAGGCCUGGCAGGGAUCCGAGAUGCCAUGUGGGAGCUGCUGAGCAGCGAGCUGGCGGGUCCUGGCUGGGAGGUGGUGAGCCGGCGGCUGCUGGAGAAGCCACUCUUGUUCUGGGAGGACAUGAUGCAGCCACUCUUCCUGGACCGCUUACAGACUCUGACAAAAGAAGGCUUCGAAUCCAUCUCCAGUAGCUCCAAAGAACUCUUGGUGUCAGCUUUGCAGGAACUCGGGAGCAGCGCUGGCAGCUCGUCAAGCAAGCACAUCCACUUGGAGCAGAACAUGUCUCUCUUCCUCUGGUCUGAGAGUCCCAAUGACCUGCCUGCCGAUGCUGCCUGGGUCAGCGUGGCAAACCGGGGUCACUUUGCCAGUACUGGCCUCUCCAUGAAAGCCCAUGCAAUUAGCCCUUGUGUACAGAACUUCUGUUCUGCCCUGGAUUCCAGACUGAAGAUGAAGCUGGAUGACCUCCUGGCAUACCUGCCCUCGGAUGAUGCACCACCACCCCAGGAUGCCGCCCCCGGGCAGCAGUCCAAGAAGCCUGCCUUUGACAGGUACUCGGAUGCUGCGACGGUGCAGGGCCUGCUGCAGACUCACUCUGUGGCCUGCAUCCAACAUAUCAUGGACUGCGUCCAGGCUGAGCUGCAGAGCCUCAGGGAUGCCGUGCAAGGCCAGCAGGACAUCCUCCGCGGCACCAAGCUGCACGCAGUUCUUUUCAUGGCCAGACUCUGCCAGUCCCUGGGAGAACUGUGCCCCCACCUGAAGCAGUGUAUUGUGGGGAAACCUGGGAGUGCUGAGAAGCCAGCGAAGGAGAUGAGGGCUCCUAAAAAGCAGGGCAAGGGCCCGGCUCAGGAAAUGCCUCCCGGGCAAGCCAAGUGGCAGGAAGUGAAGGAAGCCCUCCUGCAGCAGAGUGUGGCAGGCUACCAGGUCUGGAGCUCAGCAGUUGUCAAGGUUCUGGUUCAUGGUUUCACCCAGUCACUGCUUUUAGAUGAUGCUGGUUCAGUCCUGGCGACAGCCACCAAUUGGGAAGAACUAGAAAUUCAGGAGGAGACAGAGUCUGGAAGCAGCGUCACAUCUAAGAUCCGACUCCCCACACAGCCCUCAUGGUAUGUCCAGUCCUUCCUGUUUAGCUUAUGUCAGGAAAUAAAUCGCGUUGGAGGCCAGGCCUUACCAAAGGUGACCCUGCAAGAGAUGCUGAAAAGCUGCCUGGCUCAAGUCAUAGCUGCCUAUGAGAAGCUGUCAGAAGAAAAACACACCAUGAAAGAAGGUGCUUUUCCUGUCACCCAGAAUCGGGCCCUGCAGCUUCUCUAUGACUUGCGCUAUCUCAGCAUCGUCCUGACGACCAAGGCAGAGGAGGCCAAGAGUGGCCGGAGCAAACCUCAUGCCAGAAUAGAGAAAGUGACUGAUGGUCUGGAAGCCCUCAUUGAUCCAUUUGACCUGGAUGUUUUCACGCCUCACCUCAACAGCAACCUCAACCGCCUGGUGCAGCGAACUUCAGUUCUCUUUGGAUUGGUAACAGGUACAGAAAACCAGUUCACGCCCCGAAGCAGCACGUUCAACUCCCAGGAACCCCAUAACAUACUGCCUCUGGCCUCAAGUCAGAUCAGGUUUGGACUCCUCCCACUGAGUAUGACAAGCACCAGAAAGACCAAGUCAACUGGCAGAGGCAUGGACACACAAGCCCAGCAGGUUGAACCCCUGCCACUCUCGAGAUCAGGUGACUCGGCGCAUCCUGGCUCCUUGUUCAGACAGCUCCUCAGCGAUGAAGACGACUCUUCUGCAUCCUCAUUAUUCAAACUUGGCUGGCUCUCUAGUAUGACCAAGUAACACGGAGAAACGCCCAUCCUGUCUAAAUAAACACUAUUGCAUUGUCUUUCCUAAAGGUGUCUCUGCUUGUUUGUUUCUAAACUCUACCUCUUUUCCAUUUUGGUGGUGGAAUGCGGUCCCUUAGUCUCCAGCAGGGAUGACCUUAUCAAGUUUCACCCACUUGUCAGGCACCAGGUCAGGCAGUGGGCAUGCUCUUAGCAUCCAGUCAUCCAUGCCUCAGUUACCUUGCCGGGUGGAGUUACCAGGAGCUGCUUAUAGAGUCCAAGUAAGACAAAAUCAUGACAUAUUUUUUGAUGUGGAAAUUGCAUUACUUCCUACUAAAGUUGGAGCAGCGCUGACAGACAUUUUCUGCGGAUACAGGAGCCUGAGGGACUCGCCCUGGAAACACUGCUGGCAGAGGAGGCAGGACUAGGGAGGCUGCUUCACAUCCCGAGUGAAUCCGGCUCAGCUUGCUCUCCAGUUCCAAUG